CUGUCAAAACAAUCUCUAGACGACGCGACAAUAAAAGUUUUGGCCAAAGGUAUGAAUUUUGCUAUAAUACCGCAAAAAAUUCCGUAUGAAAACAUUAUCUGUAGUGUUGAGGACUGUCUGUAUAAAAAUAAUAUUGGUAAAGAAGAUUUAGAGGCUAUAUGUCAAGACAUUUCGUCCUUGUUACGUCGAAGCUCAGCGCCGAAAUUAAAUCUUCCCAAAGAUGAAUUUACUGCAUUGAAAAACUUACGCAACAGACCAGAUCUUACGAUUCUCCGCGCAGAUAAUGAUAAGGGAAAUGCCACGGUAGUUAUGGAUACGUCAGAUUAUAAUUCUAAAAUACAAGAACUUUUGUCGGAUGCAAGUACGUAUAAAAAGGUUAAAAAUGACCCAACAAAUAACACACUUAAAACAACUAGUGAUCUCAUAAAGAAACACUCCGAAAAAUUAAAUCUAGACGUAAAAUCGAUAAUACCUACGUGUGCUAAACCACCGAAGUUGUAUGGAUUACCAAAAAUACACAAGCCCAAUGCUCCACUACGUCCUAUAGUGAGCCAAAUCGAUUCACCAACUUACAGAUUGGCUCAACACUUAGCGAAUAUACUCUCACCGCUCAAAGGACAUACAAGAGCACACACAAAGGAUUCCUACCAUUUUGUCAGCGAGAUUAAAGACCUACAUCUGGCAGACAAUGAAACUAUGGUGAGUUUUGAUGUGCAGUCUCUGUUCACAUGCCUACCUGUUGAAGACUGCAUCUCGAUUGUUACUAGAAGGCUAGAGGAAAAUAACAUGCCCGUAGAAUAUGCAGUAUUACUCAGACACUGCCUUACAUCUGGCUACCUAUUGUGGAAGGAGGAGUUCUACAAGCAAGUAGAUGGUGUGGCGAUGGGCUCACCUGUAUCUCCCAUUGUUGCCGAUAUAUUCAUGGAGGACUUUGAGGAGAAAGCCCUGCUUACUUCUCCCAUAAAGCCAAGAUUUUACAAGCGGUACGUAGACGACACUUUCACAAUUCUACCUUUAGAUAAAGUAACUGCAUUUUUAGACCAUCUUAACUCCUUAAAUUCUAAAAUUCAGUUCACAAUGGAGUUAGAGGCAAACAAUUCUUUAGCUUUUCUAGAUGUGUUAGUAAUUCGGAAUCCUGAUAACACCUUGAGCCACACUGUGUAUAGAAAAAAGACCCAUACAGAUAGAUAUUUAAACGGUGAUUCUCACCACCAUCCUUCACAGUUAGCUACCGUGGGUAAAUCUUUGUUUCAGAGAGCACGAGGGAUCUGUGACAGUAAACACCUGGCCGCCGAGCUCCAACACGUCAAGCAAGUUUUGCACGACAAUAAGCUUCGGGUCCCGCGCCUACGUCACAGUGAACGAGUGAAGCCGGCCACAGUUGAGCGAGUGCCUGCUGUACUGCCAUAUGUCAGAGGUGUCACUGACAAGAUUGGCUACAUCUUGAAGCGUGCUUCCAUUAAAACAUAUUUCAAGCCGCCGAAGAAGAUUAGUCAGUUUUUACCAUCAGUCAAGUGUAAUAUUCCUCUGCAAGAUGCAGGAGUGUACAAGCUGGAUUGUGAAUGUGGUCUCUCUUAUAUAGGACAAACUAAAAGAUCCAUAAAAACCCGCGUUAAAGAACACAUAGCUGAUGUGAAGAAUAGACGCUCCGGGAAGUCUGCAGUCUGUGAACACGUACAGGAUCGCCCCCGUCACUACAUUAGAUUUGAUAGACCACAAAUCCUCGCUAAAGAACACCGAUUCCUUCCAAGGAUGAUUCGCGAGGCUAUUGAAAUCAAAAAACAUCCUAAUUUCAAUAGAGAAGAUGGCUGGGUGCUACCAUCUGCUUGGGAUCCCAUAAUUAAUAAAAUUAAAUCCCAACCCAAGCAUACAACUGCAAGACUUCAUGAUACUGUAAGUUCAUACUGCGUAGAUCGGAACAAAAACAAAAAUUAA